GGGUGAGAAUGAGGGGCGGGGAGCUGUCAAAGGCACAGUGGGUUUGGAUUUGUGGCUGUGAAGUUACUUGGAGUUGAACGCGAUUGACACACACUCCUUUAUUAACACUCCCAUUCACCUGUGUAUAAAGUAUGGUUUCUUCUCGUUGCCCCAACACUCAUCUGUCUCCAAGGUCCCCCACCUCCAAAUCUCUCCAAAAUAACCAUCGAAUCUCUAUCACACCCACAUGGAUUUGCAAUGAAACUGCCUCCGCCUUUCAAUUAUGAGAACGCUUUGUGACGCUUGCGAGAGCGCCGCCGCCAUCGUUUUCUGCGCCGCUGAUGAGGCUGCCCUCUGCCGUGCCUGUGACCACAAGGUUCAUAUGUGUAAUAAGCUGGCCGGCCGGCAUGUAAGGGUUGGUCUGGCGAGUCCUAGCGAUGUCCCUCGCUGUGACAUUUGUGAAAAUGCACCUGCGUUCUUCUACUGCGAGACAGAUGGAAGUUCACUUUGCUUGCAGUGUGACAUGAUGGUUCAUGUUGGGGGUAAAAGAACGCAUGGAAGAUAUCUUCUUUUUAGGCAGAGAGUUGAGUUUCCGGGAGAUAAAACUGGUCUUCCAGAAAACUCAGUUUCACUGCCUCUGGAACCUGGUGGGGCUAAAAGAGGACAAAAUCCUCUGCCUAAAAUAAAUGUGGGAGAGGGACAACAAAAUCAUAGGUUAGCUCUGGUUGCAGCACCUGAACAUGAUGCUGACGGUCAUGCCAUGAUGGGAACUAACAUGAUUGAUUUGAACAUGAAGCCUCAGAAAAUACAUGAACAAGCUGCCAAUAAUCAGUCUGUUUCCCAGCUUGCCUUGGAGGAUCAUCUUCAGGUCCCUGCAUGUCAUAUCAGUGACAUAUUGUGAAAAGCAAUGAUUAUUUCCUUUCCCUGAAGCAACUGACAGAAGUUAACCUUACAAGGUCAUUAUUAUUAUGUCCUAGUUAUUGUGGGGCUGAGGAAUCCCAUCAGAAUUCAUUUUGAAAGCGGUUUUGCACCAGUCAAAAAGAAACUUGGUAAACUUCUAAGUAUUGCAUCCUUCCAAAACAGCGACUGUAAAUUCUUUCGAAACAUUAAAAAAAAAAAUUCAAAUAUUUGGUCUAGAGUUACAACAGGUCUAUUUCGUUAGCAAGUUGAAACUUGAGCUAGAAGCACCAGCAUAUUUGUGUGUGAUGGUUUUCUUCUUGGCAGCCAUAAAUUAUGCAACUAGUGAGUUCAAUUUUUGCAAGCAUCUUACGCCAUCAAGCCCUGGGGGAGCAAAAGAUAGUGACAUAUUUCUCACGUUGGCAAGUUACAUUGUUGGGAAAGUGUAAACAUCCUCUUUCGGCAAAUGAGGAGUUCAACAGCCAACCCUUAAGGAGCACUGGUAUAUGUAGAAAGGAGUUCACCUUGGUUAUUCAACACCCUGCAUGUUUAUACUGCACGACUUUUAUUUUAAUCCUCUGCACUAAUUUGUAAGAUUGCUUGCGUUCUUGGUUCGAAGGUCUUGUAAGUAAAUUGGCUGCCUCUGAAGUAAAACAGUAGAAAAGAGACUUUUUUAAGGGGCAUGUUGAACAACAUAUGAUGGUAGAAAUUUUAGCUUCCAGAUUUUCUACUGCUGUAAAUAAAGUGAGCACCUUAUUCCCCAAAGAUUGAGAAUUCGAGAUUAGAUGUUUUAGGAGUUAAAAGUGACGAUGAUUUGCAGCUGUGGUUUGUGGCAGCUGUAGAUAAUAGAGCAUCUCGUCUGGCUUUAUUAGAACUUUAGAAGACAACCGUUUACUUUCACUGAUGAAGACUUUCAUGGUUGUAAUUUGUAAAUACCUUCACUUCCUAAUGGAGAGCCGAUUCUUUAUUUGUCGUUCA